CUUUGUUAUUCGCAACUAUUAGUAGCUGUCAAUUUAUUGUGAAAGCCCGGGUAUAUUAUUGUACAAUAAGAAAGAUCUUUUCAAACUUCUAUCAAGACCUAAACCUAAACAAAAUCAACAUACCUCAAUACAUAAAAAUGUCUUCCCACGGCAGCUCAAACACAGGCUCCAAAAGUGCCACUGGCAUGGCCUCAGCAACUACCACCCCCGCCAAUGCAGGAAUCGGCGAGGAUAAGCCCAAGGCAUUCGACGCGCAAGGUGCGAUUGGCAAGCAAUUCACUGAGAGUGGCGCGCUCGGUAGUGUAGGACAAGCUAUCGGUGGUCCUUUGGCCGCAGACGGUGCUAUUGGCAAGAACUUCACAGCAGACGGUAGUAUUGGUGGCUCCGUGCAAGACGCCUUGGGUGGAAAUAAGGGUAGGAGCAACUAAAUCCUGCUACUUCACAACAAGAAAUACGACAAGGAAUGAUACCAACUGUACAUUAUAAUAUUAUGGCAUUUUCUAUUGAUAACUAGGACACAAGUGUGGCUCAAUCAAACAAAUUAACACAGAA